CCCCUAUCGCACUUUGUUUUGGUGGCUCUGUGUUUUUUAUGGCAGCGGAGUAACCGUGGAGAGGCCGGGGUAUCACAAGCUUAUGGAUUUUGAUAAGAGAGGUGGAGGAGGGGGGAAAGGGGAGGUGGAGGAAGGGAAGAGAAUGUCCAAGACUGGAAGUAGGACAGGUCAUGGGGGCCGCAGCUCCACCACCAAUUCGGGAGUUCUCAUGGUCGGCCCCAACUUCCGAGUGGGGAAGAAGAUCGGCUGUGGGAAUUUCGGCGAGCUUCGGCUCGGCAAGAACCUUUAUACCAACGAAUACGUGGCCAUAAAACUGGAGCCGAUCAAAUCCAGAGCACCGCAGCUCCAUCUCGAGUACAGGUUCUACAAGCAGUUGGGGAAUUCAGAGGGCGUUCCUCAGGUGUACUACUUUGGCCCGUGUGGUAAAUAUAACGCCAUGGUGCUGGAACUGUUAGGGCCCAGUUUGGAGGACCUGUUUGACCUGUGUGACAGAACCUUCUCCCUCAAGACCGUCCUCAUGAUCGCCAUCCAGCUGAUUACACGGAUGGAAUACGUACACACCAGAAGUUUAAUCUACAGGGACGUCAAGCCUGAGAACUUCCUGGUGGGCCGGCCGGGCAGCAAGAGGCAGCACACCAUCCACAUCAUCGACUUUGGGCUGGCCAAAGAGUACAUCGACCCCGAGACCAAAAAACACAUCCCGUACCGGGAACACAAGAGCCUGACUGGAACAGCACGCUACAUGAGCAUCAACACUCACCUGGGGAAAGAGCAGAGCAGGCGGGAUGAUUUGGAGGCUCUGGGUCACAUGUUCAUGUAUUUCCUACGAGGCAGCCUGCCCUGGCAAGGCCUGAAGGCUGACACACUGAAAGAGCGCUAUCAAAAAAUAGGAGACACCAAAAGAGCGACUCCCAUUGAAGUGCUCUGUGAAAGCUUCCCAGAAGAGAUGGCCACCUACUUGCGCUACGUGAGGAGACUGGACUUCUUUGAGAAACCGGAUUAUGACUACUUACGCAAACUCUUCACAGACCUUUUUGACAGGAAUGGCUACGUGUUCGACUAUGAAUAUGACUGGGUCGGCAAACCUCUGCCAACUCCAAUAGGACCGAUCCCCAGCGAUACACCGCUUCAGCCCAGCAGCAGAGAUAAAGCACAGCAGCAGACCAAAAACCAGUCGCCAGAACCCAAAGGAAGUGAAUCCCAGCCGACUCCUGUCACCAACAGAGAGCUCCUGGGGUCGCACCUCACAGCUGAUAGGCUGGGGGGCUCUGUCCAGGUAAUGAGUUCGACCAACGGCGAGGUGAACACAGAUGACCCCACAGCGGGACACUCAAACGCCCCCAUUACUGCCCCUGCUGAGGUGGAGGUCGCCGACGAUACGAAGUGCUGUUGCUUCUUCAAGAGGAGGAAGAGGAAAGCGCUCCAGCGACACAAGUGAAGACGGCCAGAGAGACAGUGAAGCGUUCACAGACACUGACGUGAUCCGAAACGGAAACGAAACAAACGAAAGAAAGUAAAAGUCAAAGAAAAGAGGACUGGAGCGAGUGCAGCACUUUCUUUGUGUGUGUGUGUGCUCUCUGAAGAAUCUGAACAGCAGAACACACUCAUACACACACACACGCACACUGCCUCCGCUGCAGCAUCAGAGAGGAGACCACCGAUCCCCCACCCCACCCCACCCACCUCUGAACUCCCAUCGACAAGGAACGGUUUAGAGGAAGUGUUUGUGUAUAACGUGUGGGUCACAAGAGAACAGAAAGUGCUAACGUGUUUUGUGACCUGAAUGGAGACGAACACUUGUAUUUUAGAUCACCAUGAAAGGAAAAAAUAACAUUUAUUGAACUAAAAAGAUAAAAAAGAAGUUUAAACACAGAUACACACAGAAAUUGUGGCUGAGUGAGAGAUGUACUCCACGGUGUUUGAUUUUUACGGGAUCAAAGUGAGAAAAAAUAAGGAAAAGGCUGCUGACUGUGAUGCGCCGAGUCAGGAAUCGAUAAAAACAGGAAAAAAAAUGUCGUGAACACCAGAAUCAAUCUGCUUAUGUAAAUUGUCUGUCCUUUUUUUUUUUUUCCUUUUUUGUAAUUUAAGAUUUUUUUUUUUUAAAGCUCAGCCUACCCUGAGUCAGUUUUAUUCAUGUUGUAGUGUGAAUUCUUUUCUUUUUUUAUUGCUCUUUUGUGUUUUUUCCUCCUUUUUUUUCCUCCCCCUCUGUCUGUGGAUGUUGUAGCACAGUGGCUGGUCUCAGGUACUGUGGAAGACGGAGAGAAAGACAUGGCAUCUCUCUUCUUUUGAAUUGCACUUUUUAAGGGGGGGAAGAAACGCGUUCAUAUUUCUGCUGUUAAAGGGGAACUCCACCAGUUUUUCAAAAUUUCUGCAUAAUUCAGUAGCUGUAAACAGAGUGGUUUGGUGUGAAAUGGUCCAGAUGUCUUUACAGUGGUGGUGAUGGGGACCAGGGGUCACCAUGACUACAACACGAACAUAGACAAUUUAAUUUACUAUCCAAAACCACCAGUGAACCUACACAGUGUCUAUAUGAAAUGCUGAUGAUGAUAAAAUAGUGGUUAAGUUUUAUUUAGGUACUAUUUUACAUUAGAAUGUACCUGGAUUGGGAUUAAAAAUACAUAUUUAAUACCAAAAUCAUCUCAAAACCAUUGUAAAACAGGUUCUCGGUCAUCAGGCAGUGAAUUCAUAACUAUUUCAUGUACUAACUUUCUGUGAGGGAGCUUUUAGAGGUGGACGUCUGGUUCCUGUCACCACCACUGUGAACAAUUCUGACUCUGUAAGUUUCUCUAGAACAGAGCGUUUCAUACCAAACCACUCUGAAUGAUGAUUAAAUUGUGUACAGAUUUUGAAAAAUCAGAAAUUCCCCUUUAAUUAACAGAAAAUAAAAAAAUAAGUAAGUAAAUGCAGAUGUGGGAUAAUUUCUCCAAAGGAACAAAGUGAUGCUCUCUGGGUUUGGAGGAGUUAAGGGGUGGACAGUGUGGCUUUGUGCCCUUUUUUUCUUUUUUUUUUCCCACAAUAUAUUUUUCACAAUAGUUUAAGUUACCUGGGAAACAUAGUUUGUGCCUUUCCAAGUAAAACCAUUUAACACUAACGUCCCUCUUCUAUGAGAUUUUUACCCAGUUCAGGUGUUCUUGGCCCUCUCUCUCUCUCUCUCUCUCUCUCUCUCUCUCUCUCUCUCUCUCUCUCUCUCUUUCUCUUUCUCU